UUACGCAUGCGCAGUCCCACACCCGGAAACAUGUUGAUAGAUGUGAUAUUAUAUGUGUUGCUCAGUACGGAAUGCUAUUGCUUCUUAUUUUAAAUGCUGACCGCUUGACAUUUUGUCUGUAUACAUUGUAUGCACAAUGCUGAAAUAUUUAGUAGCUCUCAUAUCAGUGGUCUUGGCCGUAUGGACGGUGCCCGAGUGGCUCACAUUCCCGAUCUAUGGUAAUGUUGUAAAUGUCCUAGAGUCGUGGCUGCGGCAGCAGGUCAGUGAGGCGUCAGCAUCUCCACCGGGACCCAUGCUGACCGAAGAUGAGCUGUCUUUAUACAACGGAGGAGAGAACAGUAAAGGAUUGUACCUGGCGAUCUUAGGACAGGUGUUUGACGUUGAAAAGGGGAGGAAACAUUACGGCCCUGGCGGCGGUUACCAUUUCUUUACGGGAAAAGACGCAUCAAGGGCGUUUAUUACAGGUGACUUCACAGAGUCUGGCUUGUCUAGCGAUGUCUCGGAUUUCUCGGACUCCCAGAUUGUGGCUCUUUAUGACUGGCUCUCAUUUUAUCAGAGGGACUACACUCCAGUAGGUAAACUGAUAGGCCGAUUCUACACAGAAACCGGGCAGCCCACUGACGCUUUGCUACGUGUUGAGGCUUUCUUGUCAGAGGGGUUGAAGAAAAAGGCUCAGGCUCAGAGUGAGAUGCAGCGGUACCCAGCUUGUAACUCGGAGUGGAGCGAAGCCAGCGGGGGACGGGUAUGGUGUUCCACAAUGAGCGGUGGCAUUCACAGAGACUGGGUUGGAGUACCCAGAAUGCUUUUCUCCCCUGGGUCUGGUCAUUCCCGAUGUGUGUGUAUCCAACCGUCUGAUCCUGUUCACUCAGAGAACCGAAACCUCAGAGAAUACAAGGACUGUCCUCCUCAAGCAGAGUCCUGCCAAAUCACAAAAGACUGAGCUACAAGUCUUCACCACACUACAAGAGUCAAUGAAUUUGGCUUGGAUUUCAAGGACUCUCCAUCAAUUUCUUCCAUAUGACAAGAUUUUUCAUUGAGUUGAGUUUUCUUAACGUUAUUAUGUUUGGUUUAUUAUAGCAGGCACAUGCCAUGUGACGAAUGCUGCUCUUACUGUUUGUAUUUAUAUAAUUCUGUUUCUGAUUUACUUCUAAUUCCUUUGCAAUUUGUGACCAAGUAUAUUAUUUAUGCCACAGAAUCAAGACUGUUAAAUAAAAGACAAUUUUAUAGAUUUUUUUUUUCAAUUGUCCUUUAUGUAAAGUUGUCCUCCCUUUCUUGAAAAGGAUACUAGAGGCGGCGACAGGCUAAAUAUCUGAGCAUACAGAUACCAUACAAUGUGCAGAAAAGAUAAAACAGAGGCCAAAUUGUAGGUUUGUCACAUAGACAAAAAAGCACAACCUGCAUUAAGUACAAAACAGUUGCAGUGGUCAAAAAUAUUAUACAUUUAUCUGUACAGUUUAACAAUACCAAUAACAGACUGUGGACUUGGCCCUUUCCCUGCCCUCCCCCCACAAACAAACCAAUCUCCUUUGAAAUGUGAUCAGAAAUGUAAAAAAAAAAAAGAAAUAACUUUGAUAAAGUGCACCUGUUAAGCAUGGACAUGGAAAAGCAUUUAAAUUAUGAUAGGUCAACAUAAUGUGACGCGUUACGCCACCAAGACGACUUUUCAAAAAAACAA